AUGGAAUGCCUAGAAGAUGCCAUGGUGGAGAUGGCCAGGGAGGCCACGGAGCCCACAGAGGCGGACAUCAUGGGGCUGUGCCAGGACAUGUUCUCCAAAAUGGCCACAUAUCUGACAGGCGAGCCGACAGCCACCAGUGAAGACUGUAAACUUCUUGAAAAUAUGAACAAACUGACUAGCUUGAAGUCUCUAGAAAUGAAAGAUAUUGCAGUAAACAUAAAUAGAACCCUAAAGGACUUAAACCAGAAAUAUGCAACACUUCAGCCUUAUCUGGAUCAGAUCACUUUAACUGAGGAGCAAGUAGCAGUUCUGGGGCAGCCAGCUUAUAGGCUGGAUGCAUAUACAAAGAAACCAGAAGCAAAGUAUAAGAAGUUAGAGAGGGGAUGA